AGCCCCGCCCUCGGGUCCUAACGCGAGGCCCCCGCGGGGCUGUCCGCGGCCGUGCCGGGCUCCACCUGCAGUGUAGCCGGUCCGGACAGUCCUCCCCCCGGCCUGCGCUGCGGUGUAGACUCAGGCUUCGGGAAUUCAGCUGCGGGCCGAGGCCCACCGUUUGAUGAGGAGCAGUCGCGGUAGGCGGUGGGCAAGGCUGCCCUGGGCGCAGGCCAAGUCGCGGCUCGGGCUCCAGCAUGGCGACGGCGGUGCGCGCUGCGGGCUGCCUCCCUGCGCUAUGCACCCUGACGGCGGGUCAUUUAUUGGGGAGACAGCUUUCCCUAAGCACCUUACCAACAGCUUCUGUUUUGGCAUGGAAGACUGCUCUCAGCAAUGGCCCUUUGUCAUCACUGGGAACCAGAGACACCCAUCCUUACGCCAGCUUGAGCCGUGCGCUGCAGACACAAUGCCGUGUUUCUUCUUCCAGUCACCUGAUGGGCCAGCAGUAUAGACCAUAUAGUUUCUUCACUAAAUUGACUGCAGGUGAGCUGUGGAAAGGUGCUUUAGCAGAGACUGGUGCUGGAACAAGAAAAGGAAGAGGCAAAAGAACUAAAAAGAAGAAAAGAAAGGAUUUGAACAGGGGUCAGAUCAUUGGUGAAGGGCAUUGUGGUUUUCUGUGGCCUGGUCUGAAUGUUCCUCUUAUGAAAAAUGGAGCAGUGCAGACCAUUUCCCAAAGAAGCAAGGAAGAACAGAAGAAGGUGGAGGCAGACAUGAUCCAGCAGAGGGAAGAGUGGGACCGAAGGAGGAAGAUGAAGGUUAAACGGGAGCGAGGAUGGAGUGGAAGGUCAUGGGGAGGCGUCAGUCUUGGACCCCCUGACCCUGGUCCUAAUGGAGAAACAUACGAGGAUUUUGAUACCAGAAUACUUGAGGUAAGAAAUGUUUUCAGUAUGACAGCGAAAGAGGGAAGAAAGAAAUCAGUCCGUGUCCUGGUGGCUGUGGGGAACGGAAGAGGAGCUGCAGGUUUUGCUCUUGGGAAAGCUGCUGACCGGUUGGAUGCUUUCAGGAAAGCAAAGAACAGAGCAGUUCACUAUUUGCAUUAUAUAGAACGAUACGAUGACCAUACAAUAUUCCAUGAUAUUUCAUUAAGAUAUAGAAGGACACAUAUCAAGAUGAAGAAACAACCCAAAGGUUAUGGCCUCCGCUGCCACAGGGCCAUCAUUACCAUCUGCCGGCUCAUUGGCAUCAAAGACAUGUAUGCCAAGGUCUCUGGGUCCCUCAAUAUGCUCAACCUCACCCGGGGCCUCUUCCGUGGGCUCUCCAGACAGGAAACCCAUCAACAGCUGGCUGAUAAGAAGGGCCUCCAUGUUGUGGAAAUCCGGGAAGAAUGUGGUCCUCUGCCCAUUGUGGUUGCCUCCCCCCGGGGGGCAUUGAGUAAGGAUCCGGAGCCAGAAGAUGAAGUUCCAGACAUCAAACUGGACUGGCAAGACGUGAAGACUGCGCAGGGAAUUAAAGGCUCUGUGUGGUCUAAUUUAAAGAGAGGUGCCACGUAACCUUUCUGGCCUUGUGCAGCCAGUGCCUGUGCUGCCCUGCACCCAGGAGAGACUCAGCCCCUCACAGCUUGGGGUGUUGCCUUGUUUUUUGUUUGUUUUGAGGAAAGUUUAAUCUUCAAACUGUUGAGAAAUAAAUAAUUAUAGCUUUC